AUGCGCCGCUACUUGCUCGCCUCAUUGCCAAUGGCCCACAGGCCGCGCUACCCGUCCCACACUGGUCUCGUUAUUUCAAUGAGUCAUGUUAGUUUUGAGCCAAAGCAGCAAAGCAAACUGCAGGUAUUGACUGCUUAUUCGGUUGCACGUGACUCAUCUCCCCAAUUUGGCAGAAGUUCGCCAUUCAACCAUUUGCGGCAAUUAGUCACAGCGUUUGGCACAUCGAUGGCGGUGAAGCAGUUGUCUCGUGGUAAAAUUCUCUCUGCGAAACCCUCUGAUGGGGGAAAUAACACGGCUGGUGAGCAGAAUGGUAGGGACAAAAAGGAAGAGGAAAGCCCCAUAUUCCCGAAUUCAUCUUCAGAAGAUGACAACACCGAGGAGUUGAUAGUUGCACGCUCUGUGCUCUUCGUAUUGGUGAUGCUUGGAACUUCCUACGUAUUGUACAAGCUUUCUCAGCCCUUGGGUAAACAAACUGGAUGGGCAUCGCUAUUAAAGAAUGCUGAGAUCGUAAAGAGCAUUAAGUUAUACCACAACUACGCGCAGGUGUAUCUCAGUGAAGGAAAGGUUUACCUCGGACUGGUAGACGACCAGCACACCCAAGAAAAGCUGGAAAAACUGAAUAAGGCGUAUAAUGAUGCAGUAACGACGAGAAUAAAAGAGCCGCGGCCGCAAGGGAAUGGGGAGACGGUAACAACGAAAUCGGAGGGAAUCGAGGUAUCGCUGCAGGGAACGCCACUGGGAGAGCAAGCGCUGGUAGUGUUGGGUGUUUUCGCGUGGGUUGUGCCGUUCGUGUUCUUCCCUGUGUUUGUGAUGGUUCUCUCCAAUUCCAUUGGUAAGUCACUCGCGCUGACGUUGGAGGCUGGUAAAAAGACACACAAAUCAAAGGAAAUGGUGUUUCGUGUGGAACUCUCAUCCAGCACACGCUUCAAGCACAUUGCCGGCUUAAAGGAAGCCAAAAAGGAGGUGACUGAGGUGGUAGAUUUCCUCCGCCACCCCGAGCGCUAUACGUCAUUGGGGGCAAAAGUGCCAACUGGGGCACUUCUUCUGGGGCCGCCAGGUACGGGUAAAACACUCCUGGCGAAAGCUGUGGCAGGUGAAAGUGGAGUGGGCUUCAUCCCGGUUUGCGGUUCGGACUUCGUGGAGUUGUAUGUGGGGAUGGGCGCAUUGCGUGUUAGGCAGUUGUUUGAGGUUGCGAAGAAGCAGCGUUGCAUCGUUUAUAUUGACGAGAUUGAUGCCAUUGGGCUGAAACGAACGGGUGCUGGUAUCGGCGAAAAGCAGGAGCAAGAACAUACACUUAAUGAACUGCUAACACAAUUGGAUGGAUUCAGUAGCAGCCGUCGUGGAGACGUUAUGAUAUUGGCAUCUAGUAACGUAUCGCAGGAGCAGCUGGAUCCGGCGCUUGUACGUCCUGGAAGGUUUGACCGUAUUAUUCACGUAGACAUGCCCGUCAUAUCGGAGAGAAUUGAUAUAUUUAAGGUCCACCUCAGUGCGUUGACAUUGGUGAAGGAAAGCAACAAGGGUGCUAAGGGUGCAGAGGUGGAACAGCAAACAGAAGAAGCGUCCACAGAAUCUUCCGAGUCCAAGAAGUCUGACGCUAAGGCCAACGCCAAGAGUGACGAUGAAGGGAAAAUGGAGUCGGGGACGGUUCCUUCUUCGGAAAAUAAAUCACCUACCGCUGAUGAGGCUAAGGGUUUCAACAGCUGUGAAGUAAGUACAGCAAACGCAACCACAUCCUCACUUGUUGUUAGUAAACUACAAGAAGAGAUGGAAGCUGAACAAGAGCUGCUAGAACAGGAGAAACUGACAGGGGACCCCUCCUACGAUUUCCGGACGCUUCUCGCAAAUAAGAGCGAACGCGAGCGUGCCCUCAUUAAUUCCUAUGCUGAACGCAUGAGCAGUCUCUGUCCAGGUUUCACUGGAGCCGACAUUGCCAACGUGUGCAAUGAAGCCGCUAUACUUGCAGCACGAGAAAACAAUUCAAAUGUUGACAUUACCCAUUUGGAACGUUCCAUUGACCGAGUAUUGGCAGGUAUUGAGCACCGCAGCCGUGUGCUGUCGCCAUUUGAGCGGCAGGUUGUUGCUCACCACGAAGCAGGUCAUGCCGUUGCCGGUUGGUUCCUCAACCGCGCUGAUCCACUCAUGAAAGUUUCCAUCGUACCUCGCGGCGGUUCAGCGCUUGGUUACGCUCAAUACCUACCGAAUGAAAACAAUGUGCGGACCGCAGCUGAGAUUCGGGACUCCAUCAGCGUGACGUUGGGCGGACGCGUGGCGGAGAAGAUUUUUUUCAACCAUCUUUCCACAGGUGCAUCCGAUGAUCUCAACAAGGUGGCACGAAUGGCGUACAUGUUUGUUAGUUCAUUCGCACCACGGCCUGUGUACCCCGCUCCAGGUACUGCGGGGACGCGCAUUGUGAAACCGUUCGGGCCCAAAGUGUCAAACCAUAUCGAUGUGGAGGCAAAGAAGCUGGUCGAUGAAAUAUAUGAGCAGACAUAUAGUCUGUUGUUAUCGAAAAAGGAGGAGAUGGAAACGCUUGCCAAACACUUGUUGGAAAACGAGGUGUUAACCUUCGAUGACGUGGUGAGGUAUCUUGGCACACGCAAGGCGAGGGAAACAGACCGUAAGAAGGGCGUGUGA